AAAGAGUUGCUCAUGAAUCUGCUUCCUCAAUUCUCAAUUCACCAGGCCGUAGUCGGCCGUAAAAUCGCCGGCCACCGUUGCACUUCAAUUCAGUGAUCGCUACUCAUCAGUCAUCAACACCACGCUUUCCCUUUGAACUUCAUCGUUUAUAUCAGAAGCAUUCAUAUACAGGAUGGCUCCGAAGAAAAAGCAACAGAGGCAUAUAUCUUCAUCAUCCAAAGAAAAGGUUCCUUCUUCAUCUGGUCCAAAGCUGCAGAUAUCAUAUGAGAACGAGAACCGGCUGCGGAGAUUGUUACUGAACUCCGGCCGGUCCUGGGCUCGAGCUCCAGUUGACGUUUCACUCUCCAAGGCCCAGAAGGAAAAAAAGCUUCGCACCAUUUACGAGAAGCUCUCAUGCGAAGGAUUCAAUGAUGAUCAAAUAGAACGAGCACUCUCCGCUCUUAAGGAUGUUGCAACACUUGAGGCUGCUCUAGAUUGGCUAUGUUUGAAUUUGUCUGGGGAUGAGCUCCCAAAGAAGUUUUCUAGUGACACUUUGCACUUAAAUGAAGGUUCUGUUGGCAUCAUUUCAAAUGUAAGAGAAGAUUGGGUUCCCUCCACAGAAUCAUCAGCUGCAGGAGCAAGGGAUGAAAUAAUGGAUGUGAUCACGAAACAACGAAGGGAUGAUGAAACUAUUGAUUCUGUUGAGCGAGCUCAAGCAGAUUGGAUCCGCCGGUAUAUGAGAGAACAAGAGGAUGAGUCUGAACCUGAAUCGGACCUGAUUGAUGGCACUUCUUCAAAGCAGUCUAGGCGUAGCCAUGAAACUAUAGUCAGAGAGUUUCAUGCUGCAAGGCUGGAAGCUAUACAUGCAAAAGAGACCGGUGACAAGAAAGGACAAGAGCAAGCAAGCAGAGUUAUAUGCAAAAUCAAGCAGGAGUUGUCUGCCCUAGGAUUGUCAGAUGAUGUCCUUGAAUCUGGAUAUGAAAGUUCUCACCAGGAUAUGCAGAGACUGACUUGCUCUUCCAUUCCUUGUGAGAACUUGGAAGGAGAUGCUGUUACUUUACAAAAUGCAGAAGGUUGCGGAACUCCUACUCUUAAUGAGUGGGAGUUCAAUAUUGGUAAAGAAGUGGUUAAGUUAUCUGCUGAAAAUGACUCUGCAAGUGUCUCCUUACCUGAGAAGACUGAAUCAGAAGGAGAAACAGCUGAUGAGGAACUUGGUAAUUUUCUAUUUGAAGAGGAUUCAGCUGUUUUGCCUGCUGAAGUUUUGGAUCUGCAAAGAAAGGAGAAAUUGAGAGAACUAUUAUCUGAUAAAAAUUUAGAGAAGCUAGAAGGUGUAUGGAAGAAGGGAGAUCCAAGAAAGAUUCCAAAGGCUUUUCUACAUCAGCUUUGUCAGAAAUCAGGAUGGGAUGCACCAAAAUAUACAAAAGUACUUGAUAAGAGAAAUUGGUCUUGUUACACCGUAAGUAUAUUGCGCAAAGCAAGUGGAAGGGGUAAAAGCAGAAAAGCUGGGGGGCUUAUGACAGUUGAGCUUCCAGAACAGGAUCAGAUAUCGGGUAAUGCUGAGGAUGCACAGAAUAAGGUGGCAGCUUAUGCUCUCUAUCAGUUGUUUCCAGAUCUCCCUGUUCACUUGCCAAUCACAGAGCCAUAUGCGUCAAUUGUCCUCCACUGGAAAGCAGGUGAAUGUUUGGCCAAUAUAGUAGAAGAUCAAGAAGAACGUAGAGACUGUUUUAUCAAUUUAUUAUUGGAUGCCAAUGAGACGGGUACCAUUGCUCCUUUAAGUGUUACUGAUAAUUCAACUGAGGAUAUGAUGCACAAGCCUCAAGCUACAGAAGAUCAAACUACUAUCUGUAAUUUCAAAAUUAAAAAGCCAGAUCUGAGAAAAGAUUCAGAAAGUGUUUAUUUGAAGCAAGAGCAAGAGAAUAAGAAGAAAAUGAAGAAGUACCAGGACAUGUUGAAAUCCAGAGCUUCCCUUCCCAUUGCCGAGCUAAAGGAUGAUAUUUUACAUUCACUGGAAAAGAAUGAUAUUUUGGUUGUCUGUGGGGAAACAGGAUGUGGGAAAACCACUCAGGUUCCUCAAUUUAUAUUGGAUGACAUGAUUGAAUCAGGAUGUGGUGGAUAUUGUAAUAUCAUUUGCACACAACCUAGGAGAAUCGCGGCAAUUUCUGUAGCUGAAAGAGUUGCUGAUGAGAGAGUUGAAUCAUCACUGGGUUCACAUGAUUCUUUGGUUGGCUAUCAAGUUCGCCUUGAUAGUGCAAGGAAUGAUAAAACAAAGCUUCUCUUUUGUACAACUGGGAUCCUCUUGAGAAUGAUUGCGGGUAACAAAGAUUUGAGUGGUAUAAGCCACAUCAUUGUUGAUGAAGUGCAUGAACGAUCUCUUCUGGGUGAUUUUUUGCUUAUAGUGUUGCGGAAUCUUGUUGAGAAGCAAUCUGCUCAUGGAAUUGCAAGCCUAAAAAUCAUACUGAUGUCUGCCACGGUUGAUUCACAUUUAUUUUCACAAUACUUUGGUCAUUGCCCUGUAAUUACUGCACAAGGAAGAACACAUCCUGUCUCAACUUAUUUUCUAGAGGAUAUUUUUGAAAAUCUCAACUAUCGCCUCACAACUGACUCUCCAGCUUCUAUGAACUACGGAACACCCACAAUAGACAAGAGAGGUCCUGUUGGAAAUCACAGAGGGAAGAAAAAUCUUGUCCUAUCUGCAUGGGGAGAUGAAUCAUUGCUUUCUGAUGAUUGUGUUAAUCCAUAUUAUAAUCCAAUUAGCUAUCAGACAUACAGUGAGCAAACCCGAGAAAACUUGAAAAGAAUGAAUGAAGAUGUCAUAGACUAUGAUCUUCUAGAAGACCUUGUAUGUCAAAUUGAUGAUACUUACCCUGAGGGUGCAGUGUUGGUUUUUUUACCUGGUGUUGCGGAAAUACAUAUGUUGCUUGAUAGACUAAGUGUUUCAUAUCGAUUUGGUGGACAAUCUUCUGAAUGGCUUCUUCCUUUACACUCUUCUAUAGCAUCUGAGGAUCAGAGAAAGGUGUUUCUAAGACCUCCGGAGAGCAUUCGUAAAGUUAUAAUUGCUACAAAUAUUGCAGAGACUAGUAUAACAAUAGAUGAUGUGGUCUAUGUGGUAGACUGUGGAAAGCACAAGGAAAGUCGCUUUAAUCCCAUAAAGAAACUGUCAAGCAUGGUUGAAGAUUGGAUAUCUCAAGCAAAUGCAAGACAGCGCAGAGGAAGAGCUGGACGUGUUAAGCCAGGAAUCUGCUUCUGUCUGUAUACGCGUCAUCGAUAUGAAAAGCUCAUGAGACCAUAUCAGAUACCUGAGAUGUUGCGGAUGCCUUUAGUUGAACUAUGUUUGCAAAUCAAGUUGCUUUCUCUAGGAAACAUAAAAAUGUUCUUAUCUAAGGCUCUAGAGCCUCCAAAGGAAGAGGCCAUUACAUCCGCAAUUUCUUUGUUAUAUGAGGUGGGAGCCAUUGAAGGAAAUGAAGACUUGACUCCUCUUGGGUUUCAUUUAGCAAAACUCCCAGUUGAUGUACUAAUUGGAAAGAUGAUGUUGUAUGGCACUAUUUUUGGUUGUUUAUCACCAAUUCUUUCUAUUUCAUCUUUUUUGAGCUACAAGUCUCCAUUUGUUUAUCCAAAAGAUGAGAAGCAAACUGCUGAAAGAGCCAAGCUGGCUCUAUUGGGCGACAAACUUAGCGGCGAAACUGAUUCUUGUGAUGGCAAUGUGCAAUCUGAUCAUCUUCUAAUGAUGGUCGCAUAUAAGAAAUGGGAGAAGGUUUUGUGUGAGAAUGGAGCUAAAGGAGCACAGAGAUUUUGCAACUUAUAUUUCUUAAGCAAUUCCGUUAUGUAUAUGAUAAGAGACAUGAGAAUACAAUUUGGAACAUUGCUAGCAGACAUUGGGCUCAUUGAAAUUCCCAAAAGCUUUCAGAUCUCUGGAAAAAGGAAAGAAAAGAUUGGUAGUUGGCUCUCUGAUACAGCACAACCAUUUAAUGUGCAUGCAAAUCAUUACUUAAUUAUUAAGGCAAUACUUUGUGCUGGUCUCUAUCCCAAUGUUGCUGCCACAGAAGAUGGUGUUGCUACAUCUCUUCUUGGAUCCAUAAAACAGUACAUGGGGCAAAAACCAAAAAGUCAGUCCAUGUGGUUUGAUGGAAAAAGAGAAGUUCACAUUCACCCUUCUUCAAUUAACUCUACUUCGAAAGCUUUACAAUAUCCAUUUCUUGUCUUUCUUGAAAAGGUGGAGACAAAUAAAGUAUUUCUGCGGGAUACCACCAUAAUCUCCCCUUAUUCCAUUUUGCUGUUUGGCGGUUCAAUAUGCGUGCAGCAUCAGAGUGGAAUAAUCACCGUAGAUGGAUGGUUGAAAGUCCGGGCAGCGGCACAAACUGCUGUGCUUUUCAAAGAACUUCAGCUGACUCUCCGUCAUAUUCUUAAGGAGCUGAUUCAGAACCCACAGAGUGCAAGCAUAAAGGAUAAUGAAGUUAUCAGAUCCAUAAUACAGUUGCUGUUGGAAGAAGAUAAACCACCCAAAUAAAGUUCCGUACCUUGAGUCAGUGUUAUGAUGUAAUACUAAUUAGUUGUAAUAAUAUAACAAUGUUCAACGCAGGUCAGUAUGAUAUUACUGUUAUAAAGGGUUAAACUAUUAAUAGAAAGGUGUUUAGCUCUGUUGUGACAAAAGUACGAUAGAAUUGUUGAAUUUCACUUUUUUAAUGGAAUAAAUUUCACUUUCCUGUGAGUUUUAGGCCA